AUGCAAAUUCUCUCGUGUAUCGCAUUCACAGCCGCGCUUUUUGCAGUCGCAUUCGCGGGCUAUAUUCCACAGUGGCAUGCUGCCAAUUAUGCCUCAGUUGUCCAGCACACCGAUGGUCAUCAUCUUGCCACACACGACUAUGGUAGUCACGGUCAUUAUCUGCAAGAUGCAGGACAUGGUUAUGAUCACCACGAUAACCACUACGAAUCUCAUCAUUAUCCCAAAUACACCUUCGACUAUGGUGUUAAGGACGCACACACCGGCGAUCAUAAGAGCCAAUGGGAGCAUCGUGAUGGUGAUCAUGUCAAGGGUGGCUAUACUCUGGAGGAAGCUGAUGGUACAACACGAGUUGUAGAGUACACCACCGACGAUCAUCGCGGCUUCAAUGCUGUUGUCAAGAAAAUUGGCCAUGCUCACCAUCCUCAAGGAUAUAAUCAUGAAGGCAACUACUAUGGUGCUGACGGUUACGAAAAUGGGCACACUGGCAGCUUCUUUGAAGUCAGUCAACAUCACUGA